AUGCUUGGACUCGAGCAUUUGCUCUUUGUGUUGACCACAUUUGCCUUUCCACCAGUGGCGCUCACCGUUCUGCUAUGCAUCAUUCUCGCGACGUUCGGAAAAUCUCUGGGAUUGCGGCAGAUGUACGUGGACGCACUCAUCCAUACUUUUGAGGUAAGCUAACCUUAUAUGAUAAACAUCCUUUUGCAAACCCGUGUUAGACAAUAACAUAAUAUCCUAUCUCUUCUUUCAUAGUCUUCUUACUUGAUGUUUUCUUUUAUCGCCGUCGGAAAGAUGGUCUGAUGGUAAGAUUCGUGUUGAUAACACGAGUUGACUGUGAACCUAAACUGCGUUUUAUUAUGUGUUUGUUGCCAAAAAAGGAAGUUAUUUUUCAGUGGGGAGCCCGUCAAAUCAAAACGACCGAGCAGAUCAAACGAAAAGAGAGCACUGUGAUUCCGGUAUUCCUUGACAACAGCAAUCUUGAAGACGAUCAGGAAGAGGAGCAGUACGGCGAGGAAAUAGAUCGGGAAGACACGGCCAGCACCGAAACGCCUGGAUUCGAAGCCAGUGACGUGUACACGGAAGAUGAAGUGGACGGUCGGAGCGUUAUCGGAUCGGACACCGAUAGCCAUGACUCUGGAGAGGACAUUCCGUUGGCCGACUCGGAUUAUGGCGAUGAGUCGUGCUUGAAGAGAAAGUUUGGAUCAACUACGAGUGAGUCGAGAGUUCCGAUCACUCCGUGGGCAUGUCGCUUCUUUCGUUGCAUGCCCCUUUAUUUGUGUUGUCAGGCAGGGAACUUCAUUUUCAGGUCUCGCCUCGGCCGGAUCAAUUUGCAGUCUGCGGAAUCGAAAGUUGUCGGAGAGCAGCACAUGUAUGUUGUGGUAAACUUCUACUAGCGGGUAGACCACGGGGUGUAAACUAGUGCAUCGGUUAGUCUCCGUUUGGCUGCCAGAUGAGAUGCUUUUUGUUAUGACACAACGUCCUCGGUUAGUUCUUUCUUUCUUGAUUCGGAAUCAUUUUGAUUUUUGGUGGUCGACCAGUUCUUAAGCAAGUUGUCAUUCGAUUAACGAGGGAAUGACCAAUCUUUUCAGUGGGAAUCAUCAAACGAGAGACACAAAUCUGCCUCGACGACAACUUUUCUGAGGACAUUCCUGAUGAGGUGUUCGUCAGAAGUCGAGGAUGGGCUGCAAUCCGGGACUCUGUCGAUUUCGUCAAGGCUGGCAUGGAAGCAAUUAUUGAGGAUGAGGUGACAAGCCGAUUUGAAGCAGAACAGUUGAUGAGCUGGAACAUGUUGACCAGAACCAGUAUCAAAUUUUAUCAGUUUGUCAAGUCAGUUGCAAACCCGUUUGGUGAUCGGUCACUAAGUGAUUUGUUUUCAGCUGGAAGUUGAGUGCUCUCUGGAUCCUCGGGUUUCUGUUCCGUUACUGUGUCAUGUUGCCGCUCCGUUUCACCAUCUUCGGCAUCGGACUGAUUUUCCUGGUCAGUUCGACAGCGCUAAUCGGAUUGGUGCCGGUCGCAAGUUGGAAAAAGUGAGUGACACUUUGGAGUAAUAGUAGCUGAGCCUCAUUUUCAGGAAACUGAACCACAAGUGUAUGCUUAUUUGUUAUCGCAUUCUCUCGAGAAGUAUCACCGCUGUGGUCUACUUUCACGACGAACACUACAAAGCGGAACGGCAGGGAAUCUGUGUGGCCAAUCACACUUCGCCGAUCGACGCGCUUGUCUUGUCCAUCGACAAUGUGUACGCCCUUAUCGGACAGAAGCAUUCCGGUAUGCAAUCGGGGGCCGCGAAGCGAAAGACAACACGCAUGUUUCAGGUCUCCUCGGUGUCAUUCAAAGAGCUCUGUCACGCGCGUCGAGUCACAUUUGGUUUGAGAGAAGCGAGGCAAAGGAUCGAUCGGUGGUGGCUCAGCGACUCAGGGACCACUGCAAUGACCCGGAGAAGCUGCCGAUUUUGAUUUUCCCGGAAGGAACAUGCAUCAACAACACUUCUGUCAUGAUGUUCAAAAAAGGAUCGUUCGAGGUUAGAAUGAAACCAGUUUAGAAACAGUUCACGUGAAAUUUAUUUCUCUUCAGAUUGAGACUACCAUCUACCCAAUUGCAAUGAAGUACGACUCCCGAUUUGGUGACGCCUUCUGGAACAGCACGGAGCAAUCGUGGUUUGGAUAUAUCAUGCGAAUGAUGACGUCAUGGGCUAUCAUCUGCAAUGUCUAUUACUUGCCUCCAAUGACUAAGAGAGAAGGCGAAGAGGCCGUCGAUUUUGCCAACCGUGUCAAGAAGGAAAUUGCCAACAGAGGUGGACUUGUUGAUUUGGAAUGGGACGGAGGUCUGAAAAGAGCAAAAGUGCCUCCAAAAAUGGUCGCCAAACAGCAGGAGAGGUAAAUAUAUUAAGAGGCGAUUGAUUUCUGUUCAAAACAAAUUCAAAUUCAGAUACGCCAACCGCCUUUCGAGAUACACUUCAGUUUCUGAUGCUCUCAAGAACGAGGAUUUGGACGGAGAAGUUGAUUGUAAGUGUAUUGGAUAAGCCAUCCUCAAGUAAUGUUCUUAUUUUUAGUGGGCAAACCAGUUUCUGGCUACAACUCGCUUGAGGACCUCCCGGAAGACGUAUUUGUCGAGGAAGAGGAAGAGGAAACCUUCGGUAUCACAUUCGCAAAGCAUAUCUGUUCGUAGCUUAGUCUUUCAGCUUUUGACGACGAAAACAAGGCAAUCAGCAAGUCACUCACUGACAAUAUCGACCCGAUUCCCCGUCUCAAGAUCUGA